GAGACGGGCAGACGGGCAGACGGGCACGGCGCUGGGAGGGGGACCUGUGGACGAGUUCAGGCAAAGGAGACACGCAGCUGCAAGACUCCGAGAGGGGGACGCUGCUUCCUUCACCUGGUGCGCCCCUCUCCGCCCGCGGUUCCGGAUUCCCGCCCGGCCAUGGACCCUGAGCCCUGAGACAUGCAGAGGAGCCGAGCUGCGCCCAGCAACAGCACCGUGCUCCCCGGGCCGGGCCUGUGCGGGCCGGCGCUGGAGGAGACCCUGGGCCUGGCCAACCGCAGCGGGCCGGCCGCGGGCAACCAGACGCUGAGGUGCUGGCUGCACCUGCUGUCGCGCGGGACGGAGUGGGAGCUGCCCAGCGAGGGGGCGAGCGCGGGCCUGCGGGUGGCCAUGGCGCUGGUGUACGCGCUGGUGUGCGCGCUGGGGCUGGCGGGCAACCUGCUGGCGCUGUGCCUGCUGCGCUCCCGGCACCGGCGCAAGCGCUCCUCGCUCACCUGCUUCGUCAUGGGCCUGGCGCUCACCGACCUGCAGUUCGUGCUCACGCUGCCCUUCUGGGCCGUGGACACCGCGCUGGACUUCCGCUGGCCCUUCGGCAAGGUCAUGUGCAAGCUCGUCAGCUCCGUGACCACCAUGAACAUGUACGCCAGCGUCUUCUUCCUCACCGCCAUGAGCGUGGCCCGCUACUGCUCGGUGGCGUCCGCCGUGAGGAUGCGCGGCCGGCCGGCGGGCCCGGCCACCGCCCGCUGGGCCAGCCUGGGCAUCUGGGCGGCCUCGCUGGCCGCCACGCUGCCCCACGCCAUCUACUCGACCACGGUGCAGGUGUCGGACGAGGAGCUGUGCCUGGUGCGCUUCCCGGACUCCGGCUGGGACCCGCAGCUCCUGCUGGGGCUGUACCAGACGCAGAAGGUGCUGCUGGGCUUCGUCAUCCCGCUGGCGGUCAUCUCCGUGUGCUACCUGCUGCUGCUGCGCUUCGUGCUGGUCCCCCGCGCGGGCGGGCCGGGGGGCCCGGAGGAGGGGGCCGGCCCGCACCUGCGGCGCCGCACCAAGGUGACCAAGUCGGUGGCCAUCGUGGUGCUGGCCUUCUUCGUGUGCUGGCUGCCCAACCAGGCGCUGACGCUGUGGGGCGCGCUGAUCAAGUUCGACCUGCUGCCCUUCAGCAAGGCCUUCUACAACGCGCAGGCCUACGCCUUCCCGCUCAGCGUGUGCCUGGCGCACGCCAACAGCUGCCUCAACCCCGUGCUGUACUGCCUGGUGCGCCGCGAGUUCCGCGCCGGCCUCGUGCGCCUGCUGCAGCGGGCCCCGCCCCCCCCCGGCCUGGCGCCACGUCGGAAGAAGGUGGCUGAGGCGCCGCCCCCCGCGCCGGCCCGGGAGAAGGAGAGCCCCUGACCCCUGACCCCUGACCCGCGGACCGACAAGCUGUUGGGCCCCCGGACCGAUGUCUCUGUACCGACGGCGAACGGGAACAGACUCACUCCGCGGGCUCUUCCUCAUCUUCCUCCUUCUCACCCUCCACUGCUCUUCAUCUUCCUCACCUGCUCUUCCUCCUCCUCUGCCCAGCCUGCACGCUGACGGGAGGUCCUGCCAGAGAACCGGCUGCGUUUUCCUUCCUCUCCUCGUCUCGUGUGGAGAAACGCGCGUGCCAGGGGACAGCCUGUCCACCCGUGGAUUCCAGCGCGCGGCCGCGAGGAGUGAGAGGUGGGCUGUCCGGGAGACGUGGUGUUUAAACAGCAUAAAAAAAAACAAUGUUUCUCUUCUAAAAACCCGAUUUUCCCUCCUGGUGACUCUCGGACCCAGAGAGCGAGAUGGACGGUUCACCCAGCUGACGGACCGGCAGGGUCCCGCGACCCCAACACUUCAGGUCCCGCCUGGAGGGGGGGGUCAGCACUGCUCCCUCGUGCUGCUCUAACCCGCAGAGAGACGCGGCUCGUGCUGUCUGGUGCUUAAAA